AUGAACAUGUUGGACGUAGAAGACGACAGCUUUCACGUCACACGUGAAGGAUACUCCCAUCUCAGUGACUCAGAAUGGGAGGUAGUCGGCCGCAUGAGUGUGCUCAUGGGCGAAUUCGCCAUCAGUGGCAUGUUGGAGUCUCUAAGCAGAGACCAGCAAAAUGCUGCUAUCGACAAGUUCCUAAAAGGGGAACUUGCCGUCGAAAGCUAG